AUGGUAAAAUCCUACCAUACACUUCCAACGGCGCCAUCUUGUGCAACUCCAACGAAAACUGUGCCCCUCUACGCUUCCACGUUUCGCCCUGCACCCCCCUACACCCCCCCACCUCAGGCCCAACACUGCAGCGCUCAGGACAAGAGGGUGAUAGAGUGGGAGUGUAGGGGGGAGAGGAGGAUACUUCCACCACCACCCCCGCCCCCUCCCCCGUACACCCCACGCAAAGAGGGGGUGAGUUGCACCCCAGGCUCGGCCUGCCGGGCGCCCCUGCUCAGGCGGGCGAGUGAGAAGGAGAGGUCAGGAAGUUCAGGGUCACCCCUGCCCUGUCCUCGAGCCAGCUCUCUGAAACACAGAGCUCAAACACCCUUGGUGGUCCCUCUGAAAGGGAACCAGGGGGACCAGGGUUCCUCGCCCACCAAGGCCAUCUCCAGACCCACCUGCCUGGGCCAGGCUCAGGCUCAGCUAGGAGCUCAGCUCGGGGCCCUCCAUAAAAUGCUCUGCUCCGGGACCAACACCCCCAACAGCCAGCAAGCUCUCCCCCCUGGCCAGUGCCCGUCCGGGGCACGUGGCUGCUCUGGCUCUGGAGGGGGCCCCACGGUUGGGCCCCUGACCUCCACCCAGGCCGACACCCUGAGGCAGGUGCAGGAGAUCCUGGGGGGGCUGGUGUCGGGGGCCAGGAGUAAACUGGAUCCGACCUGGGUAGCAGAGAAACUGAUGGGCCCCAACGGGCCCCUGCACGACAUCCGGAGCCUGCAGACCCAGCUGCACAGCAUGGAGGGGGUCCUGGAGACCAGCCAGAACACCAUCAAGGUCCUGCUGGACGUCAUACAGGACCUGGAGAAGAAGGAGGCAGAGAGAGACGGGAGACACUCCUACCGGACCGGCCAGGACAUAGAGAACUGUGGCACGUGCAGAGACUGUGCCUGCAUCAUAUACAGUGUGGAGCAUGACUUCCGGCUGCAGGAGGGGGCAGUAACCCGCACGUGGAGGGUAGGAGACCCUCCAGAGGGCUCCCCCCUAGCUGCUGUGACCCCCCAGCCCACCACGCCACACCGCCAGGAUUCACCCCUGCCGGUGACACCGGCACGCCCCCCUCACAGCGGCAAGAAGAGCCGAAAGAAGUGCUUUUGGUUCUUGUGAAUUUUAAAAGGGGAAGAGUAGCGAAGGACACAAUGAAUUAGGACACUUCUAAAGACUGCGGAGGACUGAGUGGUAGUGUGUGGAGUGUGGGGCCCAGAUAUGGAAGGAGAGAGAAAAAUAAAACGGACACUCAAAACAAGUGUUAGAAGAAGCAGCAAACAAGAGGGAAAAUGUAAAAAAGGUAUAAAAGAGAUAUUAAAGAGGUAUGAAGGCAGUUAAAGGACCUGGAAGACCCCUAGUGAGGUGAUGAAUGGAAUCUGUUUUGAUCCUGACGUGUUUGAACUGUACAGUGUGGAGAGUGGAACAUGCAUGUGUUGUAGUUGCACCGAAAUGCCUCUUCAGCACCUGAGAUCAGUUGUUCGUGCAGGGCCCUCCCUGUACUGUAAAAUGUGCUGAAGUCUUCUGAAAACUUGAUCCACCUGGUAGGGGCAAUUAUAGAAAUGAAAGUGUAGAAGAUGAAAAGAAAAGGUAAGGAGAAAAGAAAGGAGAAGGAAGCGACUAAGUAUAAAAGGCUAGGGAGUAAAAAUGAGAGGAAAAGAAUGAGUGUACAGAGAGAAGAGAGGAAGGAUCCAUCCUCAUCACUAAUGGACAAAUGAGGGUCAGAACACCAGCUUUUAUAUCCAGAGAUGUUUCAGCCAAUCAAUUAUUAUGAUGACCCUUAUUUAAAACUUUUCAUAGAACUGAUCAUUCAAAAACUACACACACACACAGUCAGGCUGAGAAAUGCACCACAAGAAAAAGUAAGGGUAAAAAAAAGAUUAAAGUGUACAUAAAACAGAGUGUUCUACUGCUUGAAUUGCUAUAUUUCAGAUACGGAUUACUGGUCUAUAAACUAUUUUA